UGAGAUGUUGUCAUACCUCAGCCAAGGGAGAAAGAGGGUACCGGUCACGAUGCUCGCCCUUCAUAAACCCUCCGCAGCUCCACAAACACAGCUCUUUCUCCUCCUCCAAUUCAAUUUCUCGAUCAAUCACAAACACGACCCACCAUAAUCCAAAAUGCGACAAGAAGCCCUCUUCAUCGAAACCCCCAUGCCCAAAGGCUGCGUAACCUGCAAAAAACUGCACCUCAGAUGCGACGAACGCAAACCCGCGUGCAAGAGAUGCGUGAACAGCGGCCGCAGCUGCGAAGGCUACGUCUGCGUUAGCACGGCUCGAAAACCGACCGAUGUGACGCCCGAGUCCGUUCUCGAGUUUCGACAGAAAUGUCUGCCGACCCGCGAACAUCCCAAGAAGGCCUUGAUCGUGCUGCCCGUCGCUGAGGCGCCACACUUCUUGCUCGCGCGGGGUUUGGCGGCGCCGGAUGAGGUGAUGAGGAUCUUGCUGAGGACGAUGGUGUCGGGGCAUGCUGCACAUGAGACGAAGGAGCAGAGAGAGAAGAAGAGGAAGGAGAGGGAGAUGAGCCUUAUUAAGUUUCAUGAGCCGGUCGGGGAUUCGUUCGAUAUGUCGAGACCAGAGGGCUGUCCGGUUAUUCGGUCGGCGUUCAUGGUGCAGAUGUACCGCAUCUUGGUGGAUAUCAUGAUGAGCAGGACACAGACAUCCGACAAGGCAGUCCACGGCCUAUUCGUCUCGAAUUCGCGCAAGAAGUGAAGGGAGACUGCUUAUUGCAACGACGAGAUGUUGUGCAUACUUGGGUUUUUGGGACGGAUAUGGAGUCGGGUAUACAUCAUUGCAUUGCAUAGGAAGGGGUACACCAAAGGUAUGCAGGGACAUAAUGGGAUGGAAGCAUCAUGGCAAGGAGUUUUCAAUUUCCAAAAACGAGAAAAAAACAGCUCGUUCAGGACACCAAAAAGGAAAGGAGGCCGGGGAUAUCAGAACCAGCCGUUUGUAUUGUAUUAUUCUAGCAGCAUUGCUUUUCUUCACGAUAGACAUAG